UUCGAGAGGGAAACAAAGAAGGAGAAAACAUCUCGCUGCUGUUGGACGCAAAAACUGGAAUAAUUUACUCUUUUUUAAACCCCGGAAUACUCCCGAAAUUAAUAAGAUUUCCGUCAUGUCUCACAAACAGAUCUACUACUCUGACAAAUAUGACGAUGACAAAUACGAGUACAGGCAUGUAAUGUUACCCAAAGACAUUGCAAAGCGUGUACCUAAGACCCAUCUGAUGUCGGAGACCGAGUGGAGGAACCUGGGUGUCCAACAGAGCCAAGGAUGGGUGCAUUACAUGAUCCACCAGCCAGAGCCACACAUCUUGCUGUUCCGGCGUCCUCUGCCCAACCCAAAAUCCUAAGUGACAGAUGCUCUGGGUCCUUGGAAGAUCAGUCCCACUUAUGUGCCACAGAUCAACGCAUCAAAAUAGAGAUCAUGCUGUCUGAUUCCCAAUGUGUGGUCGAUGACUUGUAAUUUGGGCUGAUCGUGUCGGACCUGGAGAAGGACUAUCACACUUAUGAACAGUGGUUGUGGAUGGAUUAUGUGUUGAAGGAACAAAAUCAUCACCCUUCUCUCGAGGAAAAGACUUGUGCACGUGUUAACAGCAACACACCGUCUGCCAGAAACAUUCAGAUCAGCUAACACCGUCUUUUUGACUUAAUCUUUCUGUCCAACUUGCUGAACCUGCUUGGAUAUUCCAGCUUUUUAGAACAAUUGUAAUAAGAUGUGGGGAGUGAAACUUGUUCAAACAUUUGAGUUAUUCUAACAGAGUGCGCUCUGGGUCGAGCUCAGGUCACAACACAAGCCAGAUAGAAUAGUUGGAUCCUAAAUUAAGUUCAACUCUGAAACAAACUGCGGUUUUAAGUUACAUGUUGCUGCUCAGUUUAAAUGACACUGUAAAUUGGCAUUUAACAAUCUGUCAUGUGCAUGAAAAGCCGCAUCUAUAAUAGUCUCCUAACUAGUCUUGAUCACUUUUUUUCAAUAAGAGCAUAUAUUAGUCUGGGGCCUACUUUAAAAGAAAUCUUGUUGAUGGGUCUGAUUGUAUCAGUGAGCUGCUCAGUAUUUAUGAAUGUGUUGCCCUUUCUGAAAUAAAUGUAAACUUUUUAAAAUCUUAUUAGUGUGGACUUGUGUUUUGACAGUAUUUGGUGUAUACAACUACUGUACGAUUACACAGAGCCACUUUACACAUGAAAGGUGUGUUAAAAAAACAAACAAAAAAAAAACAAAAGGUGGUUGAUGGCUUUAAUGGCAGACAAUACCCUAAGAUGCUCUUAUAGAAUUAACCCAAAUCAUUGAAUCAGAUAUUGGAAAGGCAAUUGCAUUCAUUUUGGUUUGGUAUUAUCUGAUAUUGCUUUGAGGCACUUGUGUGUGGAUUUUUUUUUUUAUUUUUUUUUUUAUUCUGAAUACUUGCACCCACCCACUCUGUCAUGUGCCAGUUUGCGGUCUGUCCCGCUACCAUGUUCUAGCUUCUCUGCUUUAACGUAAGAUUUUACGUUAAAGUUGUUCUGUGAAAUUGUGCCUUUUUGUAAAGUUUGCUUUUCACUUUUUUCUGACGGAAUUAGUUUGUAUAAUUACACGUGUUGGUGUCAAGAUGUUCUCCAUUUCAGAAUUAAAUCAGUAUGAGGAGAGUCACAAUGCAUUUACUCUUUGGAAUAAGUGUGCGGUGGGGGAUCGACCUUGUUUAUUAAUCCUGACAAUAAUGCUAAAAUAAUGGAUUAUUACAGAUGACGUUUGGAGCAACGUGUUGCAGCCGCAUCAAAGUGGAAAAACUACUCAUCUGUUUGCCAAUUUUUUCAUCUUUUUGAACACUAAGUGCUGGAAAAAUCAACAAAAAACUUCACUUUAAAAUCUUUAGUUUUUAUCCCAUCAUUUAGUGCUCGGUAAAAAAGAAAAUUCACCAGACAGCAGCAUGAAAUUCUUCUGAAUACACCCUCACCUCUCGCUGUUUCCUCUCUGUCAACUGUAAAAUGAGGGCAGUAUGGGAUGAUUCCCAUGUCCUUCCCAACAGCCUGUUUUCAAAGGCAACCAGAUCUCGGAACAAAACAAAAUUCUGUUAACUCAUGAACUGCACGUACUGAUGCACCCACACCAGACAAAAUAACCAUUUGAUAAUCGUAAAGAAAUUGACGUGCACCUGCUGUACAAGUUGAAACACAUCACAUAAUUAUAUGACGUGCAAACAUAAUGUGAAGUGUCAUUUUCACUGCAAAUGUAUUUACAAUAUAACAGAUUGAAUUUAAGCACAGUGAAAGAGGCUCACUCACAUCAGGCCUGUUACAACAAUGCUUUAAACUGUUUGACAUUUAACAUUAGCACUGCUUUAUUCCUGCUGUAGGGAACUUUCCCUUUCAACGCCUGUGAUGUUUCUGUAUGCUCCGUUUCUUUUAUUACCAAUCACUAAUGCUGCCGUU